GUGAGUAACGAGACAAAGUUAAGAAUGGAACUGGAAGAGAUUUUUCAAAGCAUAAGAGAAAAGAAAUCUAAACAGGCUGCUGAAAAGAAGGAGGCACUGAAACACAUAGAGAAAGUAGCAGCAGAGUUGGAUUCAUUUCUUAAUCUGAUAAAGGAGAAGAGAACACCAGAGACAGAAGAGAAAGACAUUCUGGUACAGAUGGUACAAGAGCUGGAGGCUACUUUGGCCUCUGAGCGAAAGAACCGGGAACAGGAGAUAAAUGAGAGAAACGCCACACACCUCCAGAACAUCACUAAGCUUCUGUCUUCACUGAAACUCCAUGAGGAAAAAGAGAAAAUUGUAGAAAGUGAGAGAGAAAGCUGGGCAAGAGAACAAAAACAACUGCAGGAACGUGUUGCUCAGCUUGAGGCCACAUUAAAAAGAGAGAAAGGAAAGAAGGCAAAACUUGACAUGGAGGAGAGGAACAAGUUACAGCUCCAGACCAUCACGGAGCUUCAGGAUUCCCUGAAUUACUGUAAAGAAGAGCGGAAUACUGCAAAGAAUGAGAGAGAGAUUUUGAUGAGAGAACGAAGACAACUGGCGGAACAAGUGGCUCAGCUGGAGGCCGUUUUUAAAUAUGAGAGAAAUUAUUGGGAGAAGAAAAGAAAGAAGGAAAAGCGAGUCAUGAAGACGAGUAAUAACUUACAGCUCAAGACCACCAGGACGCUCCAGGAUCAUGCAGAUCAUGAGACCGAUCAUUUGAGGAGAGACAGAGAGCGACUGGAGCAACGUGUUGCUCAGCUGGAGGCCACUUUAAAUUCUGAACAAAAUAAAUUUAAAAAGGAAAAAGAGAUGAUCAAACUAGACAUGGAGGAGAUGACCACCAGACACUUUCAAACCAUCAGAGAGCUGCAGGAUUCCCUGAAUCAUUGUGAGGAAGAAAAAAUUCAUUUAAUGAGAGACCGAGAGCGACUGGAGGAACGUGUUGCUCAGCUGGAGGAGACUUUGAAAUUUGUACAAAAUAAAUUUGAGAAAGAAAAAGAGAAGGCCAAACUAGACAUGGAGGAGAUGAUCACCAGACAGGUCCAAACCACCAGGGAUCUGCAGGAUUCCCUGAAUCAUUGUGAGGAAGAGAAAAUGAAAUUAAUGAGAGACCAAGAGCGACUGGAGGAACAUGUUGCUCAGCUGGAGGAGACUUUGGAAUUUGUACAAAAUAAAUUUGAGAAAGAAACAGAGAAGGCCAAACUAGAAAUGGAGGAGAUGAUCACCUCACAGCUCCAAACCACCAGAGAGCUGCAGGAUUCCCUGAACCACUGUGAAGAAGAGAAGAAGAUUGCAAAGCAUGAAAGAGAAAAUUUAAUGAGAGACCGAGAGCGACUGGAGGAACGUGUUGCUCAGCUGGAGGCCACUUUGGAAUUUAAAGUAAAUAAAUUUGAGAAAGAAAAAGAGAAGGCCAAACUAGACAUGGAGGAGAUGAUUACCUCACAGCUCCAAACCACCAGGGAUCUCCAGAAUUCCCUGAUUCACUGUGAAGAAGAGAAGAAGAUUGCAAAGCAUGAGAGAAAUAAUUUGAUGAGAGAUGGACAGCGACUGGAGGAACAUGUUGCACAGCUGAAGGAAACUCUCAAAUUUGAGCAAUAUAAAUUCAGGAAAGAAAAAAAGAAGACCAAAUUAGACAUUGAGGAGAUGAUCAAGUCACAGCUCCAAACCACCAGGGAUCUCCAGGAUUCCCUGAUUCACUGUGAGGAAGAGAAGAAGACUGCAAAGGAUGAGAGAGAUGAUUUGAUGAGAGACAGAGAGCGACUGGAGGAACAUGUUGCUCAGCUGGAGGAAACUUUGGAAUCUGAGAGAAAUAAAUGGAAGGAAAAACUAAAGGCCAAACAACAGAUCAAUCACUUAAUACACACCUUCUUCAAUAAUUCAUUAAGAACAGGAAAUGGCAGCAGUGGAGAGCAACAUAUCUGCAAAGCUCUGGGCAGGUUUAGAUUCAGCAUAAUUUCAUGGAACCACCCAAGGUGUUGAUGAGAAA